UCUACUCUGAAAACGUGAGGAGAGAGGUCGAUACUUCUUUCCGUUUUUACUAAUUCGAUUUGUUUUUUUCAACAAUUUAAACUAUGUCAUUGGCCGUCUUCGUAACACCUAAACUAGUUCGUAUUCUUGAUCCGAACUCAAAUCUUGUGGAUGUCUGGGUGGUUGAAUUUCCGUUUUGGUUGGCGAAAUAUCUGUGCGACCAAAGAACCCACAAUGAAAAUGACCAGCAGUUAAAUUCAAUCUGUCAGAUGGCUCCAUCCACAUUCGAUAUUUCAUCCAGCAAUAUUCCAUAUCCCAAUACAGAUCAUUUAGUUGCAACUGAUUUUCAACCCACUGCAAGUAUUCUUGAUCAUCAGUUUCCAACUGACCUGUUAGAAUCCAAAGAGGAAACCUGUGUGAUGAACCCUGUUAGUAAUGAUCAAAAUGGUGAUUAUGUAACACAACCUCACAACACUGCAGAAUACCCAGAUCUUGCAAUGUGUGUGCAUGCAAACUUAACACCAUCACAUGGCUACUAUUCAGACAACAUGGCAUUGCUUCACCCAACAAAUGGUCUUAGUGGAUAUCAGUUACCAGUUGAACAAAAUUAUCACAUGGAAAACCCAACCUAUCAUGAAAGGGCAAUCCUUAAUCAACCCCAAGGGCUUGAGACACAUCCCUGCUUUCCUGAUGCACCCUUUCUCCCAGUUUGUAUUCAUCAAGGGAAUGAGCCGCACGUCUUCUCUGAAAAUUUCUCUGGUUCCGCCAGGCCCGAAAAUUUCCUAAUGCAUACCACGGAAAACGGAUCAUUUUUUAUUGAAAAUGAGCUUUCAGCAAUUUCAGGAUUUGUCUCUGGCAGCUUGCAGGACUGGGGGUUCUCUCAUCCAUUGGGGCAGAUACUGAAGAACAAACGAGGAUUGUCUUGUUGCUUUGUUCUCCCUUCCGGUAUUGUAUGUUAUGUGAAAUUUACGCCCCAUGGAAUCAAGUUCUCGAGCAACCAACGAGGGAUAGUGUAUGUGAUUGACGAAGCCGGAGUUCGCACCUGCUGGGAAUCGUUCAGAUCUUUAGAGGAAAUGAUUUCGGAAAGAGACCUGUGGACUGAUCGGCUGCAGAGAGACUUCAAGAAACCCUGCAACUGCGGAGCAUCCUCAUGCUUUCAUCAGGGACAAUCUAGAUCAGUGUCAUGGAACUCAAGCUCCAAGGAUGAAACAAUCCGCGUUGAGCGAAAAGGAUUGCGAUUCUUUGCCGAAACGCGGGAAUUAAAAAAUUUGAACCUUGGCCUGGAAGAUUAUUAUAUGAGUUCAACUCUUCAUCAUUUCGGCGAGCAAAGCGGUCAUAUCUAUAUCAAAAGUUGUCACUAUCAUUUCACCCAGAGCGUCUUUUUCAAUGGGAAAUCGCUUCAAGUCAAAUUUCACACUCAGACGGCUGGUUUAGAUAGUCAUGGGCGUCUGUCGCUAAGCAACUGCUAACUCUAGAAAAAGUUGGCGCCCAAAAGCGGGAACGGUGGUAAGCCAAACGACUCAUUUAAAAAAUCUCCUUGUUAUCACCCCAGUUUUCUUGAUGUUUCUAUUGAUCAUAUUAUCUUUUUUCUCGGUAUUAUUUUUCUUCCAUGUUUAUGUUGUAUUAUUUUUUGCUUACUAACAUUUAGUAGCAUUUUGGCGUUUUCUUGUUUAGAAAUUUAUGAACCCUCACGCUUUACAAGUAUGAGCAUGGUAUAUUGACGAAUUCGGUUAAAUGAAACGGUUAAUUACUUUGACCUUGCACGUAUUAAAACGUUGCCCAGAUAAAUUUACUGUGAUAACACGAAAUGUGUAUCGACUGCCGAUAUACAUAACAUUAUUGAACAUGA